GGGAACGGAAGGCACUUUCCUCGACUUGGGUUGCCGUGCCCCGUGAGACUUGGAUUACAGGUUUAUGAUUGACGACUUAUGACUGCGUGGAGCGAGACAUAUGAUGGUUGAGUUAGAACGAACAAGAGGAGCCAGAAGAAUGGUGAUGCUGAUACUGAGUACGGAUUACGAUGAUGCUUGUGAUGAUGAUGAUGACGACGAUGAUAAUGAUGAUAAUGUUAGGCCGGAUUUGAGGCGAAACGGAGGCUUUUGUUGAUUUCCAAUCCAAUGCGAUAUAUACAGGACAUCCUUUUUUUUUUUUGAUGAAAC